AUGAACAAUACCAUCAACAUGGGGGGCCAGUGCUUUGUACCAAUCGACACAGCCUUUGCCUUUGCCUCGUCACCUGAUGCUCCUGUCACCCCUACCUCGUCACCAAGAUCAGACUGGAUGGAAUCAGUGCCCUUGGAUUACAACGAUCUCUACAAUAACGCAUACUACUGGACAAAUACGGCAUGUCCGGUCUCUUCAUUCAUGUCAGACAGCACCUGUUCUGAAACCGGAGGCUUGCCGUAUCAGCAUCUUAUACAUCAACAGUACGCCGACAUGGACUAUCAGCACUUGUCGUAUACAGGCAAGGUCGAUGUCAGCCCAGUCGGUCCGAUCAGUCCAUUCCCAAUGCCCAGUACACCUGGAGGAACAAGCGACAGUUACUUCAAUGUCGUUGCGGUACCGUGCCCGCAAGCUCUAUCCCGUUCUGGGAGCAUUGCAUCGAUGCCUUCAUUGUCAUGUUUCAGCGACAGCCCGCUCUCAGAGGCUUCCGAGAGGCGGGUCUCAGAUGUCUCAAACUGCACUGGCCAGGACCCCUACCCACCCAGUGCUUGUCCGCUGCGGGACUCCAGAUCGAUCUGUGAGACGGAGUCUCCGCCAGAGAGGCACAGCCUCGCAGACGAGACAGCAAUGUCUCUUCAGCGGAAGGUUCCGAAGUCAACGAAGCAAGCAAACGAGACUUGUGUCUUCCGAGUCAUCAAAAAGGCAACGGGCGCAUGUGACUUCCCAGGAUGCAACAAAGCCUUUCGACGCGUUGAGCACCUCAAGCGCCAUAAGCAAACGCAUCACAGUGAAGGAGAGAAUAACUUUGUCUGCGAGUUUUGCGGAAAGGAUCAAUUCAAUCGCUAUGACAAUCUCCAGACUCACCGGAGGCUGCAUGCGCGCCAUAACAAGCGGUAUCGCAGCAUCAAGUUUGUCCCUGCCGCGGUAGCUAUCAUUGCAGAAGAGGAUCGGACCAGGAAGCGACGAGUAACAUACAGGUCCAAGGGGAUUACAGGGAUGGCAGUACAAGAUUGGCGGGUUUAG